AUGAAGAGACCAGAAGGUGUCAGAGUUGUCGACUGGAGGAACCAGGAGGUCCAAACCAGCUACUGGGAAGACCACGGUCAAUGCCAAACUGUACAGAAAGCAAAAUGCGUGGACAUCGCCUUAAGUUCUUGUACUGACGUUGCCUAUACUCAAACGAUGUAUCCUAAUUUCCUGGAUCAGAAGACUCGAGAAGUGAUUGAGUACAGCUCUGAGUACAUUCUCAUCAGCGUGCUGCACAACUUGCUCCAGGGAGAAUGCAAUCCCGACCUGCGGCUCCUGGGCUGCUCGGUGCUGGCCCCGCAGUGUGAAAAGGACAAAGUUAUAAAGCCCUGCAGGCAUGUCUGUGAAAACCUGAAAAAAAAUUGCCUCCCUGCUUUUGAUGCAAUAGACAUGGCUUGGCCCUACUUCUUAGACUGCGACCGCUUUUUCGCGGGGGAAGAAGAGGGAUGUUUUGACCCGCUGGCAAAGCUGCGAGGAGAAGUAGAUUUUGAAGAAGAUUUGCCUUCAGACUUGCCAGCAACUUUUAUUCAGUUCAAACAUCAUUCAUAUUCCCAAAUGGUGAGCACAUUGAAGAAGACUGCUUCUAAAUGCUCCCAUAUUGCGACAACUUACAGCAUAGGUCGCAGUUUUGAAGGGAAGGAUCUUUUUGUGAUUGAGUUUUCAACCAAGCCUGGACACCAUGAACUGCUCAAGCCAGAGUUUAAGUACAUUGGCAAUAUGCAUGGAAACGAAGUUGUGGGGAAAGAACUGCUAAUAUACCUCGCGCAGUAUCUGUGUUCGGAGUAUCUUCUCGGGAACCCUCGCAUCCAGACUUUGAUUAAUAAUACCAGAAUUCAUCUCCUGCCUUCACUCAACCCUGAUGGGUACGAACUGGCUGCAGAAGAGGGAGCUGGUUACAAUGGAUGGGUCAUCGGCCGACAGACAGCUCAGAACUUGGACCUGAACAGAAAUUUCCCUGAUUUGACAUCUGAGGCUUACAGAAGAGCUGGGAUUCGGGGGUCCCGCCUUGACCACAUCCCCAUUCCACAAUCCUACUGGUGGGGUAAG